UCUUGGCGCUUGUCGCUGGUCAACGAGCAGGCUGCCUGCUCGUCCUCAUCCAACUCUCGUCAACCAUACACAUCGCAAACAGCUGACUGUGCGGAACGCUUUAUUGGGUUUGCAUGACUCAUCUCGUGCUCCACAUAUUUCUCUGUCUUCACCUGGCAGGAAUAUGGAGAGUUUUUAUGCUUGGCUUCCUGCCGAUAAUGAAGAGCCACAGCUGCUCGGCGAAGAUAUGUUUCGAGUUGUCGCUGCAGCUGAGGGAUGGGUCCUUGAUCCGUCACGCAGUGUAAGAGACUUCCUCAGUUCAAUAAAGAGACUGGGCAUCGAUGAGGGAUACAUCAAACCCAGCUCGCUUAAUCAUUCACCGUCAAUGUCACCGUGUCCAGCUCGUCGCACAGCAGCAAUAUCUGUCACAUCUGCUGUAUCCGAGCAUCCCGUUGACGGCGAGAGCCACGACACUGCGAAUGCUCUAGACAAUACCGGACUUGGUCGCACCGAAAACACAGGCGUUGUGCUCGACAGCUCAGACAAGAACGACCUGGAUGAGGACGGCUCAAACAACAUGGCUUUUGAAGCAAGACAGGAGCUACGAGCGCUACCAGUCGACAACAGAUACGGCGCCACAGAAGACUCUAUAACAGCUGAGCGACCUAAUAGGAAUUCGAGGCUAGCUCUCACGCGCGUUAUACGAGAAGGAUGA